AUGUCUCGAGCUCAAAACCAUGAGUUUCAAGAAUGGUGGAACAAGCAGAGACAGAGCAACCACGACCUCCUCCUCUCCAACGAAUCAAGCCACUUGCUCGCCAUCGAUAUCCACAGCCCCGGGCCCGAUCGGACGGUCGGGAAAGACCGCUCACGAAGCGCCCGCCAGCUGUCCUGGGUCUACCUCCUCAAGUUUCAGCAAAUCGCCGCCUCCCUCUCCUCCGUGACCAGCUCCUUCCUCGUCCUCCUCCGCACAGCGAAUCGCCGAGUCACGUCGCCCGAUUCCCCCGCCGAUUCGUCCUCGUCGCGCCUCUACCGCGUCAUCAAGGCUUUUCUGAUCGUCGUGCUCCUGCUGCUCUGCUUCGAGCUCGUGGCCUACUUCAAGGGGUGGCAUUUCAGUCCGCCAUCGGUGAGAUCAGCCGAGUUCGUGGAGCUUCUCUACGCCAAUUGGCUCCACGUUCGGGUCAAUUACUUGGCGCCGCCAUUGCAGAGCUUCGCCAAUCUCUGCAUCGUGCUCUUUCUGAUUCAGUCUGUUGAUCGCAUUGCUUUGGUGUUCGGAUGCUUCUGGAUCAAGUUUCGGAGAGUCAAGCCCAAGGCGGUCAUGGAGUACCCAACGACGUCGUCGUCGAAUCAGGACGAGGAGGGGAACAGUACUGAGGAUGUGAAUGUGGAGGAUUAUCCCAUGGUGUUGUUGCAGAUCCCUAUGUGCAAUGAGAGGGAGGUGUACCAUCAGUCGAUUGCUGCGGUUUGUAUUCAGGACUGGCCGAAGGAGAGAAUGCUUGUGCAGGUUUUGGAUGAUUCCGAUGAUAUAGAGGUUCAACAGCUUAUCAAGGCGGAAGUAAGCAAGUGGCAACAACGGGGUGUCCCCAUAUUGUACAGACAUCGGCUUAUGCGCACAGGGUACAAGGCAGGGAAUCUGAAAUCUGCUAUGAGCUGCGAUUAUGUUAAGAAUUAUGAGUUUGUGGCCAUCUUUGAUGCAGAUUUUCAGCCGGGACCUGAGUUCUUGAAGAAAACCAUUCCUUAUUUCAAGGGGAAUGAUGAUCUAGGAUUGGUCCAGACAAGGUGGUCUUUUGUAAACAGGGAUGAGAACUUGCUUACCAGACUGCAGAAUAUAAACUUGUCCUUCCACUUUGAAGUUGAACAACAGGUCAAUGGGGUGUUUAUCAACUUCUUUGGGUUUAACGGUACAGCUGGUGUGUGGAGGAUUAAGGCCCUUGAGGAAUGUGGUGGUUGGUUGGAACGAACGACUGUCGAAGACAUGGAUGUUGCUGUUCGUGCUCAUCUUUGUGGAUGGAAGUUCAUAUAUCUGAAUGAUGUCAAGUGCCUUUGUGAACUUCCAGAGUCCUACGGGGCAUACAAGAAACAGCAACAUCGCUGGCAUUCUGGUCCAAUGCAGUUAUUCCGUGUGUGUUUCUUUGACAUACUCCGUUCAAAGGUGAGUUUGACCAAGAAAGCAAAUUUGAUAUUUCUCUUCUUCCUCCUUCGGAAGCUUAUUCUGCCGUUUUAUUCGUUCACUCUCUUUUGCAUCAUUCUUCCCUUGACCAUGUUCCUACCAGAAGCUCAGCUACCAGCAUGGGUUGUUUGUUAUGUCCCUGGAAUUAUGUCUGUCUUGAAUAUUCUUCCUGCACCACGCUCAUUCCCAUUUAUUGUCCCCUACCUUCUUUUCGAGAAUACCAUGUCAGUGACCAAAUUUAAUGCCAUGAUAUCAGGAUUGUUUCAGUUUGGAACUUCUUAUGAGUGGAUAGUUACAAAGAAACUGGGAAGGUCAUCAGAGACAGAUUUAGUUGCUUUUGAAAGGGAGUCUGAGCCGCUAGUGCAAACUACUGGUCUUCAAAGGUCAGCCUCAGAAUCAGGCCUUGAUGAGCUGACCAAACUAGAGACAUCUAAGAAAACUGGGAAGAGGAGAAGAAAUCGAUUAUAUAGGAAGGAACUUGUAAUUGCCUUUGUAUUGUUGGCUGCUUCAGCAAGAAGCUUGCUGUCUGCCCAAGGAAUUCACUUCUACUUCCUACUAUUUCAAGGGAUCACCUUUCUAGUUGUUGGCCUUGAUUUGAUAGGAGAGCAGGUGAGCUGA